AUGUCUCCGGGAACCAGGCCGGCAGACGGAUCAAAAUCAGUUCAGGUCACUAAGCUGAGCAACCAGAUUUCGCGACACUUUAAGCAGUUCGGUCUGCGCAAGGCAGAGUUCAAAAGGCAGAAGUCUCUCCUCAUCGAGAAAGAACUUCAGGCUCACUUCAAAGCCAAGCACGAGACCGAGCGUGCGGAGGGAGAUGCUUCGGAAAGACCAGCAUCAAGCCCAGCGGCCAGCCCGAGCAGCAAGGCGAGGGGUCAGUCGCCGUCGGCGCAGGUUUACAUGCCACCUGCGUCACCCGGCAAAGUGUCCACUCGUUUUGCGGCAUCCUACCCGGUGUGGAUGCAUCCUUGCAUCCACCCUGGUGCGGCAAGUCAGAGGCCAGCCUCGCAAGGCUCGCGGAUUCGCUCGACCAGCGGAGGUUCGUUCCCUUUCGGUCCAUCGGACGGCUUCCAGGCGGCAGAGAUUGCAACUCAUCCUUUAGCCAUGUGCAUGGAAGUGCAGCAGCUGCACUUCUGCUGCCUCACGACUGCUGCCUGUACCAAAGAUCUGUUCUUGUCUGCAGAUGCUGAAGCUCUCAGGAAUGUAUACUUGUUCUUAAUAGCACGGACCAAGACCAAGAUUCGUGCGAAGCUUUACCGAAUCGAUGAAGGUCACCUCGAGACUGCCGAAACUGAGGAAGACCGCCUGUUCGGCACAAGCAAUCGCGAGGAAGAGCUUUUCCAAGCCGUUGAAGAAGAAGCUGCUGCCUUGAAAGCGAAUUGGGAGACAGGUCUGAAGCAGGACCCGCCGGAGAUGAUCGAGCGCUUGGGCGACCUCAUGGCGCUCCUGGGGCCAAGGUAUCGCACUUUGUCGCGUGAAGCUGUCUGGGAAAAGGCUCUAGCUGGUGGCAUGACGGCAUUCGAACGGCGUGAAAAGCGUCUCGGCACUGCAGCCGCCUCUGCGCUCUCGGGACACACUCGAAGCAGAGGUCAAAGCAAAGGAAGGCCUCCGAGCCCAGAGAGGUUGCAGGACUACGAUCCGGAUGGGAGUGCCAGGGCGGCAUGGCUGCAAGCACGAGAUCGGGAGCAAGAUGGCAAGGCUCUGGGACGACGCAUCAAGUCAGUGCGGGGCCCCAGCCACACCUAUUUGCUUUUGGAAAGAGACCUUCCCUUCCGACGGCUUAUUGCUGACAGCAACAUAAGCAACCAACGCUCGACAUGCGAAGUUGGCGGGUAG